UUUAAACUAGUUAUGUAAUGUGCUACGUGAGCAUUAGUAAAGAAAAUUAUGCAAAUUUUUGAGAUAAAAUAUCCUAUAAGCAAGAGAGCUACGUGGAAAACUAAAUACAAAUUGUAUACAUUUUCUUGUGAACGAUGUGUUCCUUUAAAAAUUUUUUUCUAUUAUUUGUCGCAUUCAUAACAGUAAGUGUCUUAAAAGUUUUUUUCCCUUUUUAUAAACUCCGUUCAAUAUUUUCAUUCAUUGCGUCUUCGUAUCCAAAAAUUAACUUUCCCUUAUACAGCAAAUUUUUCCUUAUAUAGUAAUUGUAUUAUAGUGGCGGUAUGAUUAUACUAAAACUAAUUUUCAUUUCAACGCGAAAUAGAAAAAAAUUCGUUAGAGUUCAAUUUUCAAUUGUUAAUUAAUAAAAAAAAAAAAAAAAAAAAAAAAAGAGAUAUAAGUGACAUUCAAUAUUUUCAACUAUGAAUAGAGAUGAUGACAUUUAAUAACUUUCUUUUAUCCAUAAAGUGAUAUAUUUGAAAAUAAAAUUCAAUUUUAUCCAAAUAGACAUAUAUACUACUACAUUAUUCUAUAAUCGAUUAAAUCGAUGAUGGGAAAGCACGACUAUUUAGAAGCACUCCAAUUUAAGACGAAUCUCAGGAAAUCUUUCUAACCGCGAUUCGGUCAGAUUAAACAUCCCAACAACUCGAUUAUCGUUGAUAUACGUACGUUGGUUCGUGACAGCUACGCGAUUAAUGUCACGCUCGAGCAAUUUGCCGAACGAAUCGUACGAUUCCGAUCGAUCGUCACAGAAAUCACUGCUUGUAUGCUUUAUUGCUCAUGUUAAUUUCUCUCUCCCUCUCCCUUCCUUUCUCUCACUCACUCUCUCUCUCUCUCUUUCUCUCUCUCUCUUUCUUUCUCUCUCUUUCUUUUUCUCUCUUAUACGUUAUUCAAAUCUCAGGAAAUGAGGGAAACAAUGACCUUUAUAGACCCGCGAGAGAAAAAUGUGUUCAGAAAUUUAACUUAAUCGCAGACGAGCUAAAGUAUGACAAGAAGCUAAAGUAUGACAUAAAGUAUGACAAUGAUCCAGAAUCUUACAAAUGUUACUUGUAUUGUCUUUUCAAGGGAAAUCAAGAUCAUGGAUGCUUUUGGAAUGUUUUAUCCACAAACCGCAUUGAAUCUAUUGGAUGAAGAUUUACAGUAAUCAUCUAGGCCAGUUCUAUUUAUAUGCAACAAUAAAAAUGAGGAGAAGUCAAAAGGUUUUGUUUCAAAAUUAGCCUUUCUCAAAGGAGAAAACGAACUUUGCGAAUAUGCUUACGAUAUAGUAAAAUGCUUUUUCGAUUAUAAUCCAGAGGUUUAUCAAUUAUUGGAUUUAUUCGAAAGAUCUCCAUAUCAGCAGUAGCUGUAACAAUAAUGCAACUAAUAUUGUUAAAAAAAAAAAAAAAAUAAACCAAAAAAAUUAAGUAAAUAAAUUAAUAAACAAAUAAAUAAAAAAAAGAAUUAUUAAUUAAAAUCAAAUGAAAUAAAUAUGCAAUAUAUGUUUGUAUAUAAUGAUUAUUCAUAAAUGAAAACGAAUCGUUUUAACCGACUAACCCGAUUGACAUACUUCUCUAUCAAUCGAUUAACAUUACGAGUAUAUACUUAGGUCGAGCGAUAAUACGUAUGUAAAGUUUUGUAAACUUUCUGUAUACAUGCAUUUUUUAUGAGCUAUAUACUUACGGACGGUGCAAUUAAAGCGUUCCGAUAAAUUUCGAAGUAUCCGAUUCAAUUGAUUCGCAAAAGUUUCGAAGGAAGAUAUACUAGUUGGUAAAACGAGAAGAAAAGGAACAAAAAAAGUGAUACGGUUUGUGUGGAGAUAAGGGAUAAUUCUUGGAUAAAUUCGAAAGAUAAUUCGAAGAAAGCUCGGCUCUCUGAUUCAAGAAUGAAGAUAAAUGGUCGAUUGCUCGUCGUUUGCACGAUUCUCUUGGCUCUUCUGGUUUCGACGAAAGCGGAUAUCAAGAGAGAAUGCCGCAAGCAGUCAAUGGUUUCAUGGGAAUCAUUGAAGAAAUUAAAAGACGGCGAUUUCGAGCAAGAUGAUCCACGAAUAAAAUGUUAUCUACGAUGCUUUAUGAUGAAAAAUGGUAUACUCGAUGACAACGAUCAGUGGACGGAUUUGGAAAAGGCACUUCAACAUUUACCGAGAUUUAUACAGGAAUCCUCAUGGGAAAUAUUCCGUCGAUGCAAGUCCGUCCCUGGAGAUGAUCUCUGCGAUAAAGCGUUUCAAGUAGCCAGAUGUUAUGUCAAAUUGCAACCGCUGAUUUUGAAUUUCGUUUCCUUCGUCUAAUGGUUCCAUUAAAUUCGUAUAAUGCGUGACAACUCUGAUAUAACUCUUUUUACGUAUUACAUCUUUUAUC